AUGCAAUUUGUUCUAGGAAAAGAAUGCAGCCCUGGCACGUUUCCUCCUGUCAACAGCAGCAAUUCCUUCUCCUCCACCUUCCUGGUGACAGGCAUUCCUGGGCUGGAGGCUGCGCACAUCUGGAUCUCCAUACCCUUCUGUGCCAUGUUCUUCAUUACCUUGGUGGGUAAUGUGACCAUCCUGACAGUUAUCUGGAGGGAGCAGACCCUCCAUGUGCCCAUGUACCUUUUCCUGGCCAUGCUAGCUGUCUCUGACCUGGGGCUGUCCCUCUUCACCUUCCCCACAAUGCUGAGGAUCUUCUGGCUGGAUGCUCGAGAGCUGACCUCUUCUGCUUGCUUCACACAAAUGUUCUUUAUACACACCUUUCAGGAUUUUGAGUCAGCCAUCAUACUGGCAAUGGCCUUUGACCGCUAUGUGGCCAUUUCUCGUCCAUUGCACUAUUCUUCUAUCCUGACGCAUAGUGUGAUCACCAGAAUAGGCUUGGCCAUUGUUGUGCGAGCCAUGAUCGCCCAGGUGCCCCUCCCCAUUCUCCUGAGGAGACUGUGCUUCUGUCCAUCCAAUGUACUUUCUCAUUCCUACUGUCUGCAUCCCGACAUCUUAAAGCUCUCCUGUUCUAACACUAGGGUCAAUAGCAUCUUUGGACUCUUUAUGGUGCUUUCCAAUAUGGGACUUGAUUUUCUUCUCAUUCUCUUUUCUUAUUUAUUGAUUCUGAAAACUGUACUGAGCAUUGCUUCAUAUGGUGGCCGCCUCAAGGCUCUUAACACCUGUAUUUCCCACCUCUGUGCUGUGGUUCUCUUUUUCACACCCAUGAUCUGCCUUUCUAUACUUUAUCGCUUUGGCCGAAAGUUUCCCCCAAACCUCUAUGUACUUUUGGCCAACAUGCAUUUUCUCAUUCCUCCUGUGAUGAAUCCCAUGGUGUAUGUGGUAAAAACCAAGCAGAUAAGAGACAAAAUCCUAAGACUCUUCAUCAAAAAAGGAACUGAAAAGUCCUAA